CUUGAUGUUAGCUCAAUUUUUAGGUUAAAUUAAAUUUUGGCAUGGAGAGACUAAAGCUAAACAUGCAUUGUCAAAUAUUAUGACAUAAUUGAAUAUUUAAUGCUCGACAUGCACAGGCAUGCGUCGAUCCUAACACAAUUACCAUGGAAAUAUGAUUCUUCUAAGUGGAAUUUAUGGCGAAUGUACAGAACACAAGCAAAUUAUAAAACUAAAGAAUAUGAAGGUCGCAAAUUAGUGGGCUUUUCAAUGGAGAAAAUAUACUAUGUUGUUGCUGAUGUAGGAAAUUAUAAAAAUUUUUUACCCUUUUGCAAAAAAUCUGAAAUUACUUUGAAAACCGAAGACUUCUUGAAGGCCAAUUUAGUAAUUGGAUUUCCACCUAUACAUGAAAAUUAUACUUCAACAGUGACUACAGUAUGUCCAAGAAUAGUCAAAGCCGAAUGUAAAGAUGGCAGAUUGUUUGAUCAUCUAGAUACCUUGUGGUUGUUUAGUCCUGGAUUGAAAAAUAAUUUGGACACAUGUGUAAUUGACUUCUCCUUGUCCUUUGAAUUUAAAUCUACCAUUUAUUCUCAAUUGUCAAAUUUAUUUUUUAAUGAAAUUGUGAGGCAAAUGGAGAAUGCUUUCCUUCAAGAGGCUGCAAGAAGAUAUGGCCAGCCAUGUUUAAAAACAGUACAGCUACAAAGAUGAC